AUUUGCAAUUCGACCUGCGCACCAGCACUCGCCAUUCAAUAGUGUCGGCGCACCCCGCGUCAUGAAACCCUCCUACAGCUCUCGUCCUGCUGCACUUGGGAUGCAAACAACGGCACCAUGAAUCGCCUAAUCACACUGUGUCGGACGGCGUCCCGGACCACCAUCCGGUCUCGGUCAACACCAACCGCAACCCUCCGGGCCCAAGCAGCAAUCUUUAGUAGGCAGCAGACGCGGUUCAACAGCAAUGCAUCGUCGAACCCGCCGAUGGCGUUCCCGUGUCUCGACGCGAUCGAGUCGCGGACCCGCCAGCUCGAGACUCGCUUCUCGACCGAGGGUCCCGAGCCCUCGUACACCACCGGCGCACACGAGAAGUGGACAUCCCAGUCGCCGAUUCUCCUCGACAACGGCGGGGUGCUGAGCGAGUUCACGAUCGCCUACGAGACGUGGGGGACGAUGAAUGCGGACCGGUCGAAUGUCAUCCUGCUGCACACCGGACUGUCGGCGUCGUCGCAUGCGCAUUCCACACCGAGCAACGCGAGCCCCGGCUGGUGGGAGAAGUUCAUCGGGCCUGGCUGCGCGCUCGAUACCGAUCGCUUCUUUGUCAUCUGCACAAAUGUGCUCGGCGGGUGCUAUGGCUCCACGGGACCGUCCAGCAUCGACCCUGCCGACGGAGAGAUCUAUGCCACUAGGUUUCCGAUCAUCACCAUCACCGAUAUGGUCACGGCGCAGUUUCGAUUGCUGGAUGCCCUCGGCAUCGAGAGGUUGUAUGCCAGUGUCGGUGCGAGUAUGGGCGGGAUGCAGAGCCUGGCGGCCGGUGUGCUGUUCCCGGAACGUGUAGGAAGGCUCGUGAGCAUCAGCGGGUGUGCGCGGAGUCAUCCGUACAGCAUUGCCAUGCGGUACACUCAACGGCAAGUUCUGAUGGCGGAUCCCAAUUGGAACCGCGGGUUCUACUACGGAAGAGUCCCACCGCACUCGGGAAUGAAGCUAGCACGUCAAAUCGCCACCGUUACCUACCGAUCAGGCCCCGAGUGGGAACAGCGCUUCGGCCGCGAACGAGCAGACCCCUCGCAGCCACCGGCUCUCUGUCCCGACUUCCUGAUCGAAACUUACCUCGACCAUGCCGGAGAGAAGUGGUGUCUACAGUACGACGCCAACUCGCUGCUCUAUGUCUCGAAGGCCAUGGACCUCUUCGACCUUGGCGCGAAGUCCCAAUCUCGCACCAAAGCCCGUAGAACGGAGAACGAAUCGAAGCUGUCAUCGGAUGUCCCCAAAGACGAUCCACAAUGCAGCCUCACCCUCCCGGCCAAACCAUACGAGGAGAAGCCCAGGAGCCCCGCUGUUCCUACCACCAACCCGCCCCAGGAUCUGAUCGACGGCUUGGGGGCGCUUCGGUCUCACCCAACGUUGAUUCUCGGUGUCACUAGCGAUAUCCUGUUCCCUGCCUGGCAGCAGCGGGAGAUCGCGGAUGCCUUAAGACUGGGCGGCAACAGGAGCGUCACCCAUAUGGAGCUGGGCGAGGAUGUUAGUUUGUUUGGACACGACAGCUUCUUGUUGGAUCUGGAACAUAUCGGAGGCAGUGUAGGAAGGUUUUUGGAGAAGUAGCUAGGGGAGUGAAGUGGCUGUUAGACCGUGUACUGGACUCGUGACCUGUAGGAGGCGGGGGGCGGAGGGGCGGAGGUACGGGACCGGGUGUGAUUUGCGGCGUGAUUGUGGCCAUUGUACUCGGUGAACUGGACUGUACCUACCUACUAUACCUACCAUAGAGCAAGAGAUACCUCCUUGGAUUGCGAUUGCGCGGCAGCUGUCUAUCAGUCAGGGGCUGGAGCCGAUCCGUUGUGUCUGGGCCGGGUCCGUAGUCGUAUAACUAUGUCCAUCAGCGCGCACAUGACGAUGCCCUAUGAAU